CUUGUUUAUACCUUGAUUUUUGCCGGUAUCUGUGAAUUCGCAAAAUGUCGGUGGUUAUAGAAACCACGAUCGGUGACCUGACCGUCGACCUGUUCAUCAGCGAGCGCCCAGCCGCCUGUCUAAACUUCCUCAAGCUGUGCCGCCUGAAGUACUACAACUUCAAUCUAUUUCACACGGUGCAGCAGGGAUUCAUCGCCCAAACCGGCGAUCCGAGUGGAGCUGGAGACGGCGGGUCAUCAAUCUGGGGCGUGGUGGAGGGUCCGCAAAAGCGCUUCUUCGAAGCGGAGUUCCUGCCCAAGAUUAACCACUCCAGUGCCGGAAUGCUAUCGCUGGUCAGUGCAGGCAAGAAUCUGGUGGGAUCCCAGUUCUUCCUCACGCUAGGUGAGAACCUAACAUCGCUGGACGGCAACCACUGCGUUAUCGGUGAAGUGGUGGAAGGUCACGAGGUGCUGCGCAAGCUAAACGACGCUAUUGUGGACGACAGCUUCCGUCCUUACCAGGAUAUACGCAUCACACACACUGUUGUUCUUGAGGAUCCGUUUCCUAAUCCGCGCGGCCUUCAGGCUCCAAGUCGCUCGCCUUCGCCCAGUGCGGAGCGUAUGAAGAAUGGGCGCAUCGCUGCCGACGAGGAUAUCGAUGACACUGAUGGCAUGACCGCGGAGGAGAUGCAGGAGAUGCUGGCCGAACGAGAGGCCAAGGCUCGAGCCACAAUCCUUGAGAUUGUCGGCGAUUUACCCGAUGCAGACAUGGCACCGCCAGAAAAUGUGUUGUUCGUGUGCAAACUAAAUCCUGUUACAACCGACGAUGAUCUGGAGAUAAUCUUUAGUAGCUUCGGCGUGCUUAAAGGAUGCGAGGUGAUUCGUGACCGAAAAACGGGAGAUUCCCUGCAAUAUGCUUUUGUGGAGUUCGAGGAACAAAAAUCUUGUGAGGCCGCUUAUUUCAAAAUGGACAAUGUGCUUAUCGACGAUCGACGCAUCCACGUGGACUUCUCCCAAUCCGUUUCCAAGGUCACCUGGCGCGGCAAAGGACGUGGUAUUGAGGGCGACUAUGGAAAGCUGGAUUUUAAUAAUUUGCGAGACGACAAAGAUCACAGGAAACCCAACAAUGGGCGGUCCAGAACAGAAUACCAUAAAGAGCGCAAAAGGACGGAAGAUUCUCGAAUCAGGAUGAGCUCUGCAGAGCGAAGAAAAGCGAGGGAACAGCGUCACCAAGAGCAAAGCGAACGAGAUGAUCGAAAGAAUUUGCGAAGACGCACCAGAUCAAAGGAAAAAGAAGAACAAAAUGGUUCUAGAUCAAAAAAUUGGCAAAAUGAGUCAGUCAGAGAGAAUUCAAAUCGCGAAAGGAAUCGCACUGAAAAAAGGUCAUCGAGGUCUCGGGAUACAACACAAAGAAGGCAUUCUAGGUCAAGAGAUCGAGAAGACAGAAGGCGUUCUAGGCCUAGAGACCAAUCAGAAAGGGGACGUUCUAGGUCAAGGGACCAAAAGGAAAGAAGACGCUCUAGGCCAAGGGAACAAAACGAGAGAAGGCGUUCUAGAUCUAGGGAUCAAACUGGAAAAAGACCACCUCGAAAUAGAGAUCGCAAUGACAGCAGGCGAUUCCAUUCCUCUCAAGAAAGAAGACGUAACGAUGACGCUGUUGGUUCGCAUAAAGAAACCGCCAGGAAUCAAAGAUCGGCAGAGCGAAGACAACAAUCCAGGAAUCGGGAAGACCAUAGAAUGGACACUCACUCAAGCCGAAACAAGAGUCCUGAGAAGAAACGGAAACUUUCAGUGGAGAAGAGCAAAAAGCAAGCCAAGAAAUCGAAACGAGCAGCUAGCAGCAAUUCAGAUUCGAGUGAAAGUUCCUCGGAAUCCGAAAGUGACUCCACAUCUUCAAAUAGUUCCGAGGACAGCUCUAGCAGCUCCUCAUCGUCGGACGAACGCAGCAAACACAAAAAGAGUACAAAAUCCAAGCAGAAGAAGUCCAAGUCAAAGAGUAGUCACAAAUCGAAGAAGAAACAUCAUAGAAAUUAAAGAUAAACGACGUAAUUAAUCAAAAGAAAACCAUCUUGACUACAGCUAAAUAUUAAAUAUAUUCCUAUUUGUUGCGGGCCUGGACUUCGGCUUCCAGCGCCGCCAUCGCAGCGCCACCGCA